UGAGAAGACUUGUGAAUGCAGGGAAGGAACGGGAGCAGCUCUUCGUUUAACAAAAAAAGUCCCGGGUCUUGAGAAAAAAAAUGAGGCUUCUGUCUGCAGCGAUGUGCAAACGUCAGACAAUCGUCCGCAACGGUUCCGCAUCCACACCACGCCUAUUUUCCUCCGUAAAAGUAGCGUGGCUUCUUUUUAAGCAACAGCGGGACGAAAUGACUUCAAAAGAACCGCAAAAUGACCUUGCAGGCAUUUUCACACAAGGUCUGGUUCUACUGUUUUAGGAUCAGCCUAGCAUUGAUCCAUUGGUUACAACAGGAAUUGACCAACCAGCUUAUUGUCUGAGCAUGACAUCAUGGCCCGAGAGAGAGCGACUAGCUCAAAGACACCCAACAAGCUUACAUGAGGCUGCCUCAUUCUUCCAUCUUUAAUGAUUUGUAGUACCAUUGGCAAGUCAGAACAUGCAUAGCCCAUGGUGAUAUAAAAUGAGAAGAUGACAGGACUGCCAGAGCCCGGGUACCCUCCAGGGGAGGGCACGUUGGAGACUGAGGCAUUUUCUAUUUCCUAUUUGGCUGGCAACCGAUUGAACCUGGAUGUCUAUCCUGAGAGCUGCCGCUUGUUCUUCAAGCUGCUGGAGAGCAGGAGAGAAGAAGUAGAGCAGGUGGAGUUCUUGAGGCUGAACUGCAAUGAGGACCUUAUCACUUCCACCCUGAGCAGCCUUCCUGCUUUGAGGGGCUUGAAAUCUCUUGUGCUCAAAGGUGGACACUCCAGAGAUGGCAUUGGUGCGUAUCAGAAAGGAUUGCUAACAUCUUUGCCACAAGAGUUUGGGCAGCUACAAUGCCUUGCUCAUCUAGAUCUCAGCUUCAACAGCUUCACCAUUUUACCUCCCUGCAUUACUAAGCUGGUCGGCCUCAGUUUUCUCUCAGUCAACUACAACAAUUUGCAGAGGCUGCCUGAGGACUUUGGCCAGCUUGCCAAGCUGACUUUUUUCUCUGCCAUGAAGAACCAGCUCAAAGGUUUGCCACAGAGCAUCGGGGGGCUGGCAGCAUUGCAGACACUGAACCUCUCUGAAAAUGCACUGGAAUCACUCCCUGAAGAGAUUGGGAACUUGCACAACUGCACUGAACUUGAUCUCUCUGGAAAUGAAUUAACAGGAAUACCCAGUUCUCUUGCCAAUUUACAGUCUCUGCAGCAGCUGCAUCUUCACAGCAAUCUUUUGACAACUGUUCCUGCCUCCCUUGCCUGCCUGCCUCACUUGUCCAGACUUGAUCUGCAGAAUAAUAGGCUUCGAAGCAUCCCUCCGGAGAUCCAGAGUUUUCCUUUUGUGCAUCUAAGGGGCAAUCCUCUAGGAGAACUGGAGGUGCCUCUGCAGUCAGAUGACUCUAGUACAGAAGAAUUGCAGAGAGUGUAUCUUAAACCUGAAAAAGACAGCUUUACUGUUACUCCUGAAGGCUGCCACGUUGUCUUGAAUUGUGGCAUACAGCUCCAUUUCCCACGGGGUGCUACAACUACUCUGGUAACUAUUCACUUCCAGAAACGCUCCCCUGACUCUCAUUGGGUAAAGCUAAAGCACCACGACAUCCUGCUAAGUGAAGUCCUGGAACUGCAGCCCCAUGGGAUUCAUUUCCAGCAGGAGGUGCGGAUCUGGAUGCCCUAUGUUUGUCCUCAUAUCCUGAAUGAACGUGAGCUCAUAAUUCGAACUUUUGAUGGACAGAAGUGGAGUGAUUUGAGAACCAGAGUGAAAUGCAAGAAACAAUUGGCUUGCUGCAACGUCUCUCACUUCUCCUGGUUUUUGGUUGUCUCACGCCUUGUGGAAAAUGAAUGCAAAGUCUGUCAGGAAGGGGGCUUGCUUUUUUCAACUGUUGAUCCCAACGUUAAAGUGACCUUUCCUCCUGGUGUGACCGAGGAGAUGAGGACAGUGAAGCUUCAGGUGCUUCCUGUAUCAACAAAGGACCUAAGAGAGAUCACUGGUGAUUCUGAAACAAUUGCCAGCCCUCUCCUCUGCCUCUCUCAAAGUUCCACUGUGGACUUUCUUCAGCCUGUUAAAAUUCAGCUUCCACUGCCUCCUGGUGUCACAGGUCUAACCUUGGAUCGUUCCAGAGUACAUUUGUUGCACAGUGACUGCGAUGCUCAGAACUGGAGUGACAUCACCGAUCAAGUGAUACUGGAGUUUACCCACAUCUAUGCCUUAUUUGAAGUAACACACUUCUCUUGGUAUUGGUUAUGGUGCACCACAAAAGCCUACAUCGGUGGCUUUGCUAAAGAAGUCUAUAAAAGAUUGCGCAUGUACCGGGUGAACUUCAUAGCACUGCAGAGAAAGAAAGAUCCAGAACAAGUCUUGCUCCAGUGCCUCCCAAAGCACAAAGUGGAUCCUGUUUUGAAAAAUCUCCAUGACCGAUAUCGAGGCCCUGAGCCAUCCGACAUUGUAGAGAUGUUUGAAGGGGAGCAGUUCUUUGCAGCUUUUGAACGGGGUAUCAGCAUUGACGCAGACCGGCCAGACUGUAUUGAUGGAAGGAUUUCAUUCAGCUUUUUCUCUCAUAUGAAAAAUAUGAAGGAAGUCUAUAUUACCUCUGAAAUGGACAGAAACAGCAAGGCUGUGAAAGGGCAGGUUUCCUUUUAUCGAGGAGAAGUUCCUGAGAGCAUUCCUGAAGAGAUUACGAGGAGGAGGAAGGGGCCCGAUUCUCACUGGCUAGCUACCUUGCCAAUCAAGCUACCUAAACUGAAAACUCAGGUAAACAAGCAGCCCACAACUCCAAAUGGCUUCUCUCUUCCUCCUUUGAAUUUGGGGAAUGCUGAAACUGGCUAUUUGACUCAGUCCAAUCUCCUUGGUAUUGCUGGACGCAUGGGAGCUGAAUGGAGACUCAUUGGCUUAAACCUGGGAUUGUCCUAUCAGCAGUUGGAACGGAUACAGUACAACAAUAGGGAAGAUCUCCGCACUCAGAUUCUAGACAUGCUCUUCUCCUGGGCUCAGCAAAAUGAAAAGAAGCCUGACUGCAUAGAUAAGCUGAUUAAGGCCAUGCAGGACAGUGGCCGCCAAGACAUAGCAGAUGAGAUCACCACCAUUAUUGGCCUGGGAAGGCAAAAAUAUACAGAGUCCAUCCAGAGAGUGGGCCUGCACCGGGAAAGUAGUACAGAAGAUUCUGCUAUUGUUACAGGAUAAUUGCUAGACAAUUAUGGAUUAGUCAAUAAAGUAGGAUUAAUCAAAUCCAGGCUAUUUCUUCUUCAAGAUUACUCGUACUAUCUAAUUAGUCCCUUUAGGUGUUUGCUGCCAACUAGCUUUGCUUCUGUGCCACCAGUGGCUUUUACUAGAUACUGGUAGGCAGCCAAUUGCAAGUUCAACUGGGAUAAGUUAGAUUCCCAGUUAAGUUUUACUGAAGUUUUACUUUUUUAAGGCAAAAAUGACCUUAAAAUACAUAAAGCAGAUCAGGGCACAAUGCUGCCUAUGGAAACUAAGAGUUUUGUCUUUGUUUGUUUGUUCCUUGUCUUCUUAGUCUCCCAAGUUUUUAAAGUGGCUCAACUGGGCUGUCUUAAGGAUGAUGCAAACUGCAUAUUUUAGAAGCAAACUGCAUAUUGUUCAUUUUUCAAUUGUUUCUUGAUAUGAUCCUUGGUUUUACUUCAGCACUUAAACUUAGAAGGGUAUCUUAUUUGGGGGAGUUAAGAGAAUAAUACACUGUACUAAAACUUUGGCUCCUUCCUCUCCUCAGUAGAUAGCUGUUCUUUUACUGAUACUGUGAUGGGGAAUCUCUGUCAUGUUUUAAGUUACCUUGCAGCAGAAUUUCUGAACAGUCAGGAACUAGGGCUCUGCUGGUGUGAUUUAACACAGUGGUCUCCCAUAAUUUGUUUCAUCCUUUUGGAUGUUAUCAUCUCUACUAAGAAAAGCUGGAUUUUGGCACCCAUAAGACUGAAUCAUUCUUGCACAUUUUAUUUUGCACCUAACCUAAUUUUGUCAGGUAUUUACAGGAAAAAAGGAGGGGCACUGAAUAAUUUGUUGUUGUUAAUUGCAAAGUUGUGUCCGACCAUCGCAACCCCAUGGACAACAUUCCUCCAGGCCUUCCUCUCCUCUACCAUCCUCUGGAGUCCAUUUAAGUUCACGCCUACUGCUUCAGUGACUCCAUCCAGCCACCUCAUUCUCUGUCGUCCCAUUCUUCUUUUGCCCUCAAUUGUUCCCAGCAUUAGGCUCUUCUCCAGGGAGUUCUUCCUUCUCAUUCUUCUAACUAAGCUAAACCAGCUACAGGUACCGGACCAGACUUGUAAGUGGAUCACAAGCUUCCUAACAAACAGGAAGCAGCAGGUGAAGCUAAGCAAGAUCACAUCAAAUACCUGUACAAUUAGCACAGGGGCCCCCCAAGGCUGUGUGCUCUCCCCACUUCUCUUCUCUCUGUAUACCAAUGACUGCAUCUCCAAUGAUCCAUCUGUUAAGCUACUGAAGUUCGCAGAUGACACAACAGUGAUUGGUCUCAUUCGAGACAAUGACGAAUCCACAUAUAGACGAGAGGUCGAACGACUAGCCUUGUGGUGCAACCAAAACAAUCUGGAACUGAACACACUCAAAACCGUAG